AUGCGGAUUGAGUUGCUGGUGGUUCUGAUUGCUUGCGCAGCUUCUGCGCCAGUCCCAGAUAUCGACACUGCAAUCAAAUCAGGUGUCGAGGCUGUAGGUGAGUUCGAAAGGGAAAGUGUGAGAUCAAAAACAUUUUGACUAACUAUCCACUAACUUUUUUUCCUAACAGUUCAUCAUUUGGAACCCGUCAAAACUUAUGUAUACACAGCGACAGGAGAAUUCGUUAACACGAUAGGUUUAUCCUGAAAAAGAAGGGACAAAUUGGAAAAAGACGACAACUUACGGUGUGCUAACGCUUCUUAGAUAACUCCCCCCCUACUAACACUAGAAAUAUAGAAUAGUUGAUAGUUUCAGCAGAAAGUAGAACCUUCAAAGUAGCGGCUAGACUAGAAACCCAGAAUGAUAGAUUGAAACGGCAGCAAGAACAACAAGACGAUGAGAGACGUAGACAAGAAGCCGAGCAAAGACGUCGAGAAAAAUGUCGCAAUCGCAAGCGACCGGCUACUCCUGCGCCAAGAAAUAAUUGUUUGCCACCAGUUGGACCACCCCCAUGUCAAGCGCCACUUCCGCAAGUUCAACCACAAUCAUACGGACCUUGUCAACCACCGCUGACACAAAUUCAACCACAAGCUCCAGUUCAACAACCUUGUCGUCCACCUUUGCAACCACAACAACCUCAACCACAAGUUGGACCAUGUCAACCACCAAUUCAAUUCCCAACUCAUCCACCUCAACAACAAAAACCAAUUCGAACUGGAGGAUGUUUACCUUCACCUGUUGGAUACAACAAUGAACCACAACAACCUCAACCAUAUACUGGAUGCCUUCCUGGUCCAUAUUACCCACCAACUCUUCCUCCCCCAUCACCAGUUGGUGCAACCUAUCCACCUCCUCAACCACGUGAUUACCAAAGAACUGGUGGAUGUCGUCAACGUUAUCCUCAACCACAACCACAACCACAAUACCCGGAAUUCCGCUCGGGAUACACUGAAUGCGCUGGUCCCGGACCAUGUCAAAAUAUUGAAAAACAAGAGGGGGAAGAUCCGUGCGUCGGAAAAGUGAACAUUGUUUCAGUUGAUGCGUCGGGAAAAGUUGAACACUACAUGUAUGAGACAAAAAAACAAGCGGGCGAUUUGAUUGGUAUGUGCCGGGAUAGAGAGAAAUAGUGAAAGUAUAGAGAGAAAUUAGAGGAGGGUGCUAGAUAUUACAGGGGACAUUCACGAAGAUCAGACCUGGGGAGUUUUUACGUAAAAGUAUUUUACGGUUCUGAAAACCAUAAAAUCCCGUAAAAUUCAUAAAAUUUUGUUACUAAACCUCUUAUCUGAAAACAUCAAAAAAUAUCUUCAAAUAUUGGGACCCUACUUCUGGGGUUAUACUUUUUAGUCUCACCCCGGGAUCCUACUGAAAUUACUUCUGAAAUUUUGUUCAUAGGGGAGAUUUCGGACCCAUUCUGGUCGAAUAAUUCUUAUGAGAUAACCUACAUUUCCCGGUUCCCUCCUCAAAAACUCGAUCUUUCUCUCGAUCCUAGCCGUGUGUACUUUCUGUGUGUGUCUCGUGUGUUUUUGUCCAAUAAAUCCCCCGAUUCGGUAGCUCACCUUAAUAGAGAUUUUCAUAAUUUCUCGAUUUUUCCUAGGCUCUCGAGUGCGUGUUCGACGACAUCGAUGCAGAAAUAGAGAAAGAUAUAUUCAGCCACGUGGGUUUCUCUAGAAAACAAAACAGACAGACAUACUUUAGACAUAACACGUUUGGUUGUUUCUCUAGUUCUGUAUAGAUGGGUGUCGAGUAAAUAGUUUAGAGGUUGUGUCUUUUUGUGAGUAGAGUAGAGUAAUAUAGCGAGUAGAGUCAUGAAAAAGUUCGAAAAAGUAAAAUCUGAAUUUUUAAGCAACUGUUGCUGCGUAUGUUCGCGAAGAAUUUGAGCAGGCUCGAAAAGCUGCCAGUAAGUUGUCCUCGUCUUUUUCUAAAUGUUCCAAAUAUUUAUUCCUGAUCUAUAAUUCCAAAUUUUCUAGGUGAUGCUGCUGCAAGAGCCGCCGAAGCUGCUAGAAAUGCUGUUGAUGAACACGGAAACACCAUCGGAGGUAACUAGAUAUUUUUGAGAGUACUGUACCUCGGCCAAAAAAAACGACAUAGUUCGGGGCGACUCGUUGCACUCGUUUUACGGCAAGUCGCCCCAAGCUUACCCGAACAACGGCGCGUUUCGGGCAACUUGCCGCAAAUGUAGCGUGUUCUGGGCGAGUUGCUACACGUUCGAGCGACUUGCCCCAAGCUGUUAGUAAAUACUUUUUUAUCACAGAUGCUGCGCAAAGUGGAGCUGAUGCCGUGAAAGAUGGAGCCAGUUAGUUUGAUUUGCACAAUCACGCACCAAUUGUUUAUAGACAAAAAAAAUAUUAUAUUUAUAUUCUCACUUUUUGUUUCUUUCUGGUGCAUGGGUUAUAGGAGUUCAAUUUUUUCUCAUUUUCAUCAAAAACUUUUUUAUCUCAAAUAUCUAUAGUACAAUUUGUUUUGUUGCAUGCGCACCUUUUCUCUCUCUCUAUGAAUGAAUUUUUCUCACGUUUUCGGCACCAGUAGUUAUUUAGAGAAUCACUUGAAUAAAGUUUAGAUCAGUAGAUAUGUCUAACCGUUUGUUGUUGAUCUGUGGAGGUUCGAAGAAUGUAUGAGAAUAUGCAGGAUGGACUGGAGAUCGAGCAAAAGAAGGUGCAGGAUGGGUUGGAGAUCGAGCUAGAGAUGGAGCAAAUGCUGUCAGAGAUGGUGCAAGUUAGUUUCUCUUCUUACUAUUCAUUUAUGGAUAAGUAUUUUAGACUGGGUUGGCGAUCGCGCGAGAGACGGAGCAAAUGCAGUCAAAAACGGAGCUGGUUCUCUUUACGACGGAGCUAAAGAUGGAGUGAAUUCUGUUGGAGAUGCAGCAUCUGAUGCAGCUGGAUGGACUGCAGAUAGAGCAAACGAUGGAGCAAAUGCGGUUAGAGAUGGAGCCGGUGCUCUUUACGACGGAGCAAAAUCUGGGGUGAAUGCCGUAGGAGAUGCUGCUUCAGAUGCAGCAGGAUGGACUGCAGAUCGUGCUGGAGAUGGAGCUAACGCUAUUAAAGAUGGAGCUGGAGCAGUUUACGAUGGAGCCAAAUCCGGGGUUAAUGCCGUAGGAGACGCUGCUUCGGAUGCCGCAGGUUGGACUGCAGACAGAGCUAAAGAUGGAGCAAACGCGGUUAAAGAUGGAGCCAGUGCUGUUUACGACGGAGCUAAAGAUGGGGUAAAUGCUAUUGGAGAUGCUGCUUCAGAUGCCGCAGGAUGGACUGCAGACCGUGCUAGAGACGGAGCAAACGCAGUUAAAGAUGGAGCUGGAGCAGUUUACGAUGGAGCAAAAUCUGGAGUAAAUGCCGUAGGAGAUGCUGCUUCGGAUGCCGCAGGAUGGACUGCAGAUCGUGCUAGAGACGGAGCAAACGCAGUUAAAGAUGGAGCUGGAGCAGUUUACGAUGGAGCAAAAUCUGGACUAAAUGCCGUAGGAGAUGCUGCUUCGGAUGCCGCAGGAUGGACUGCAGGCAGAGCUAAAGAUGGAGCAAACGCUAUUAAAGAUGGAGCUGGAGCAGUUUACGAUGGAGCCAAAUCCGGGGUUAAUGCCGUAGGAGAUGCUGCGUCGGAUGCCGCAGGAUGGACUGCUGAUAGAGCAAAGGAUGGAGCAAACGCGGUUAAAGAUGGAGCCAGUGCUCUUUACGACGGAGCGAAAGACGGGGUGAAUGCCGUAGGAGAUGCUGCUUCGGAUGCGGCUGGUUGGACUGCUGAUAGAGCGAAGGAUGGAGCAAACGCAGUUAAGGAUGGAGCUGGAGCAGUUUACGAUGGAGCAAAAUCUGGAGUAAAUGCCGUAGGAGAUGCUGCUUCAGAUGCCGCAGGAUGGACUGCAGAUCGUGCUAGAGACGGAGCAAACGCAGUUAAAGAUGGAGCUGGAGCAGUUUACGAUGGAGCAAAAUCUGGAGUAAAUGCCGUAGGAGAUGCUGCUUCAGAUGCGGCUGGUUGGACUGCAGACAGAGCUAAAGAUGGAGCAAACGCAGUUAAAGAUGGAGCCGGAUGGGUUGGCGAUAGAGCCAGCGAUGCCGGCGGUGCAGUUGUUGAUGGUGCAAAAGCUGUUGGUGGAGCUGUUGCGGACGGAGCAAGUGAGCAAAGUGUUGUUUCGACUGUGUGUGCGGUGUAUAGAUAACAAUUUAGAAUUUUCUAGCUAGUUCUUAUCAGUAAUUAAAUUUAUACAAGAAUGAAACGACCUCUUCAUGCUUGUUGCGCCUUAUGCUGCGUGCUUUAGUCGUAUCUUACAGUAAUAUCUCGUAAAGUUUCAUGAAAGUUUGGCAAACAUUUUGAACAUUGUCCAGAUUUUCAAAAAACAAAGCUUCUUAACUUUGAUAUUUUUAACUUUAACCUAACUCAAAACUUAGAAAAAUGAAAUACCGAAGGGUGCUUCUUGAUAAAUAAACAGAGAAAGGUUUCCAAUUAUUUUUUUUUUUAAUUUCGACAAAAAAAGGUUGACCACAUGAUUUCAGUUUUAAAUUGAUACUAAUUAAUUUGUUGAACAUUUUUGCCGAGGUGUGCUUUCAAGUUCAAAAAAAUUUCGAAUACACAUAAUUUAUUUGUGUGUAUUUCUUGCGAAGUUCAUUCCCUAACAUUUAUCAACUAUGGAAAGUGAUUUUCAUCAACUCUAGGCUUGUUAACAGUUCAAUCUAAAAAAAAGCAUGAUUGUCUGAUGCAUGUUAUUUUUUGUGUUGUUUCAAAACAAAUUGAGAAAAAACACACACAUACUCUGAUUCUUUAGGCUGGACAGCUGACAAGGUCGGGCAAGCCGGAGAAGCUGUUGUUGAUGGCGCGAAAGCUGCCGGAGGUGCUGUUGCUGAUGGAGCAAGUAUAGUUUAACCUAUCACAUUCGAAAAAAUGCCCUUUACUUUGACCUUCAGGUUGGACAGCCGGAAAAGUUGGGGAAGCCGGAGGUGCUUUGGUUGAUGGCGCAGAGGCUGUAGGGGGAGCUGCAGUUGAUGGAGCUAAAGCUGUUGGUGGGGCUGUGGUGGAUGGAGCUGGAUGGGUUGGAGAUAAGGCUGGAAAAGCUGGUGAAGCUGUUUUAGAUGGAGCAAAAUCUGCUGGUGGAGCUGUGGUUGAUGGCGCAGAGGUUGUAGGGGGAGCUGCUGUUGAUGGAGCAAAAGCAGUUGGUGGAGCAGUUUCAGAUGGAGCUAGUGAGUUGAGCAAAGAUAGGGGGAUGUUUUCUAAGCAGAGCUAUCGAAAUAUUGACUUUUUUUGAUCCAUGGUCCUUAUGAAUUAGAACCUUUUAAUUCAAGACUAAUAUUUUAAAGGUCUACCAACCUCUUUCAGAUUAGCCCAGUAACUCUAACCCAUAAACUACAACUUCUGAAAAUCUAAAAAACUCACUUUUCAGCCGGAGUACAGUAUCGAAAGUGAAAAAUAUGAACGUUUCCAAAAAAACUGGAAACCAAAAUGAAAAGUGUUCAAAUAAAUGUUUCCUAGAUCUCACGUCACGUCUCAAUAAGAAUAAAAACAAUUCUAGGUUGGACCGCAGACAAAGCUGCAGAAGGUGCUGGCGCCGUUGCUGAUGGAGCAAAAGCCGCCGGCGGUGCUUUAGUCGAUGGUGCAAAAUCAGUUGGUGGAUUCCUUGGUGGAGCAUUAGAUUCGGCUCGCGACGCUGUAGGAAACACUUUAACCAGUGCUGGUGACGCAGUUAAAUCAUCAGAUUGA